UUUCACAGAAUAAUUAGUAGUAUUUUUAAUUUGCACGUUGAAGGCAUACGUAAAUAUGAAAACGUUUAAAACAAUUUUAAUUAUAAUAUUAAUAAAUUACCAGAAUUUCGUGCAAACAAAUCGGACAGCUGAAGAAACUGCUGGGGUCCCAAAGGGACCUUGUGAGGACUUUUAUGAAUAUGCCUGCAGCAACUAUGCACAGCAGAAUACUGAUCCCAAUUACAGUGAAAUUACACAACAAUUGGAUUAUGAAUUGAAUAAGAAGUUAUCGGCUUACCUCAGCACUUUAUUUCAUAAUUACAUUUAUAGUGACAAUCAAACAUAUCGUGAUAAAAUGGGCAUAUAUUUGGAGUCUUGCAACACGGAGAGACAAAGAAAUUUAAGAAAAUAUUUCGAUGAACUUAAACCAAAUAGCAAUUUGAAUUGGCCAUUGUUGUAUCCCAAGGAAGAGUGGUUGGAGCAGAAUAAACAUUUUGAUUAUUGGUCGCUAUUGGGUGAAAUGCAGUCUUAUGGUGUAAAUGAUAUCAUAGUAACUCAACAAGUCAUAAGGAAUAAGAACGGAACUCUAAGUAUCUGGCUGGCACCGGUCUUAGCAGAAGAUGGCGGUAGUUUGCCCAACAGCAACAUUUUAAAGGUUUUGUUAAUGGCUUUGGGCAUCCAAGACACUGAUGUGAUUAUACAGCAACUAAAUGAAACCGAUUUCAAAUUGCAAGAGAUAAUGGAAAAUUAUGCUGAUUCAACUCAGUCUAUAACCAUAACUUGGGAAGAAUUGACAGACUACUAUCCCCGUCUUAAUUUAAAAUCAUAUAUAGAAAAGUUACUGGAGCAUUCCAAUAUCAGUUUGGAGCUUUCAACUAUCACUUUCGAAACUCCUGAAUAUUUUGAGCAGCUUAAUAAAAUCAUGUGGUCUGCUGAGGAGCUGGAACAUUUGUGCAAUUAUUUAAUGAUGAAAUUUCUGUUUUAUUUGGCGGUGGAUAGUACGGCUGAAUUUACACCCCUCUCUUGUAUAAAAGAUUUAAGACAUAAAUUUGAUCUGGCCGUAAAUUACCACAUCUAUAGACACUUUUUUUAUAGAAAGAAAGCAAACAAAUUUGAACAAGCUGUGUUUGAGAUGGAAAAAUACAUCAAAGAUGUUAUGCUGAAAUAUUUUAACGAGAAUCAUUUGAAUCUCAGUGACCAGCAACUGAAUUAUUUACAAAAUAAACUGGGAAACAUUCAAAUAAAUAUAGGAAAUUUACCUAAUGUGCGUGACUCUAUAGUGGUACAAGCCUUUUACCAGGACAUACCAAAUUUGGAAAAAUUCAAUUAUUAUAAAAAUCAUUUACUAAUGCUAAAACAUCGUUUUCGUAAAUCACUGUCGUAUGCCCAAAAUCAAAGCCAUUUCAUAGUGAGUGACAAUCGUAUGGGUGGUGUGUCCUCACCAUAUUAUGUGCCUCAACAAAAUAUGGUCAUCAUACCGUUUGGCAGUUUGCAGUUGCCUUUAUUUCAGUACACCCAGGGUGCUCUUGAACAAUUGUCACUUUUCGGUUUUGUUUUGGCCCACGAACUAACACAUGCAUUUGAAACCACCGGUUUAAAUUACGAUCACCAGGGCUUUCUCCUGCCCACCUCUUUAAACAUAACGGCUCAUGCAAAUUUCUCGAAUGCAUUGGAGUGUAUGCAACAACAAGAGCCUACCGAUGAAAUAGACGAACGUAUUGCUGAUCUCUUUGCCGUGCGUGUGGUGUAUCGUACUUAUUCGGAAUAUUAUGCUAGGAAAGGGGAUGAUGAUUGGAGUAAAAAAUUCUUUGUGAUCUUGGCUCGGUUUUUUUGUGGCAAAAAAAAUUUGAAAUUCAUUGACCACGAUUCAGAUGCCAUACGUCUGCAGCAGAUUGUGAUGAAUUUUCAACCUUUCGCAGAUGCCUUUGGUUGUUCGGAAGGCGCUGCCAUGCAUCCGAAAACUAAAUGUCGACUAUAUUAAUAAAAUUUGUUUUUGUUUAUUUAAGAUUUACAUAAUAAAUUGUAUUAUUCAAAUAAGCUAGUAAAAUUGUUUAAAUUAAUAAAACUUUUAACAACUCUCUAUCAAGGUUAGAAAAUAA